AUGACAGAGAAAGAUCUUCUUUACGAUACGAUACUUGCUCGUAGCUUUAGCAAGAACGAGCAGAAGAGAUUUGGCUAUGGAGCUUUCAUUGCAUCUCUUCUCUUCGUCUUCACUCUUUGCACCGUCUUUAAACCUUAUCUCAGCCCAUUACCAAUCGUGGAGUUGCAAUUAUCAGUGGACGCUGGUCUCAGGAUGCUGAGAAUAACAGAACCGCAGAAACCGCAAGCGUUAAUGAGCAGCAACUAUGCAACAACAUCUGAAGAUUCUGAGGAACUUAUGAUUCCUUCGAAUCAAAAUAACAUCACAUCAAAUGCAACAACUACUGAUGAUCAGAGCCAAAUCAGUUCUGAAGAACAAAAGCUUGGUGUAUGUAACGACACAAGCUUGCCCAAGAAUCACCAUGACUCGUUUAACUGUACUACUAACACCACAGUCUCCAACGAACAAGUUAUUUCAGGCGGAGACAAAAGGGAGGAAACCGUGAAACCUAUCUGUCAGAAGCUAGCAAGAACCGAUUUAUGUGAUAUAAGCGGCGACGUGAGAAUCCACGGCAAAUCCGCGACGGUUCUUGCAGCAAUCACGUCUGCGUUUUCGGGGAAUUCCACGUGGCAAAUUAAACCUUACGCGAGAAAAGGUGACGUUGCAGCGAUGAAUCGCGUCAGAGAAUGGACGGUGAAAUUGGAACAAAACGCUGAUUUCUCGCGUUGCGUUAGGAAUCACAGCGUUCCCGCGAUGCUUUUCUCUCUCGGAGGCUACUCGAUGAACAACUUCCACGAUUUCACUGACAUCCUGAUUCCUCUGUACACGACGGCGCGUAGAUUCAACGGAGAGGUUCAGUUCCUCGUGACGAACAAGAACCUACCGUGGCUGAACAAAUUUAAGGAGAUAGUGAGGAGUCUGUCGAAUUACGAAGUGAUUUACAUCGACGAAGAAGACGAAACGCACUGUUUCAGCAGCGUCGUCGUCGGUCUCAAUCGCCACCCUGAGUAUUACAAAGAGCUAACGAUCGAUCCUUCGAAUUCGGAGUAUUCCAUGUCCGAUUUCCGGAGUUUCUUAAGAGACGCAUAUUCGUUGAGAAACGCCGACGUGACCGCGAGACGGAUUCGGCGUCGGAGGCCACGGAUUCUGAUUUUGUCGAGGAGCAGAUCGCGCGCGUUCGUGAAUGCCGGCGAGAUCGCGAGAGCGGCGAGACAAAUCGGAUUCAAAGUCGUGGUGGCGGAAGCGAACACAGGAGUCGCGAAUUUCGCCCAAACCGUGAAUUCAUGCGACGUGAUGCUCGGCGUUCACGGCGCGGGGCUGACGAACAUGGUGUUUUUGCCGGAGAACGCGGUCGUGAUUCAGAUUCUUCCGAUCGGUGGAUUCGAGUGGCUAGCAAAGACGGAUUUCGAGGAUCCGUCGAAGGGGAUGAAUCUGAGGUAUUUGGAGUACAAGAUCGAGGCGGAGGAGAGCACGCUGCUGCGGCAAUACGGACGCGACCACGAGAUCGUGAGAGAUCCAUCGGCGGUUGCGAAACGCGGUUGGGAAAUGUUCAAGUCGGUUUAUUUGGUACAGCAGAACGUUAGCGUUGAUAUUAACCGGUUCAAGCCGGUUCUUGUCAAAGCGUUUGAGUUACUGCAGAGGCAAUCAGUGUGA